UGCAUGUCUCAGCUUACAGAAAGGAUGACGGGCUCUUAUGUCCUGUGGCUGGCCUUGGCCUCCUGCAUUCUGACCCUGGCAUCUACAGAGCAGCAAGGUUACAGGAACUCCACCAACACCAGUUCCUAUGGACUGGGCUUGGAGUGCGGAGCCUCAGGCACAACAGAGGACCAACUCUGUUUUGACCCCUGCCAGAAUUACACCCUCCUGGAGGAACCGUCCCGAAGCACAGAGAACACAGAAGAAGGGCAGAUGUGUGAUGGGGACAUGAGCGGCUGGUACCGCUUUGUGGGAGAAGGAGGAACGAGGAUCCCAGAGACCUGUGUCCCGGUGUACCGAUGCCAGACGGCCGCUCCCAUGUGGCUGAAUGGGACCCACCCUGCCCUCGGGGAGGGCAUCGUCAACUACACAGCUUGCGCCCACUGGAGUGACAACUGCUGCCUUUGGAAUACUGAGGUGGGGGUAAAGGCCUGCCCGGACGGGUACUACGUGUACCGGUUGGAGGGCACCCCCCACUGUGACGUGAGAUAUUGCACAGCCUCAUCCUCCGCCUCUGUGCCUCACCCUCUAGACCCCUCCACUGCGGAGGACAAGUGUGAGACGACCUGUCGUGCAGAGGAGGAGUGCAGCUCUGUCGACGGCGUCUGGGAGUGUGUCUGCAGACAGGACCUCAACAACUCUGAUGUCCACAGUUUGCAGCCUCAGCUGGACUGUGGGGCCAGGGAGAUCAAGGUGUCACUGGACAAGUGUCUGCUGGAAGGCCUGGGUUUUGGGGACGAGGUCAGAGCCUACCUGCAGGACCGGAGCUGCAGCAGCAUCGUGCCAGGAGAGGAGAGGAACUGGCUGUCCGUGACCAGCCCUACCAAGGCUGGUGCCUGUGGAAACAUUCUGGAGAGAAAUGAAACCCAUGCCAUCUACAAAAACACUCUCUCUGUGUUCAACGAUUUCAUCAUCAGAGACACCAUCCUCAACAUCAGCUUCCAAUGCGCCUACCCGCUGGACAUGAAAGUCAGCCUCCAAACUGCCCUGCAUCCCGUUGUAAGCUCCCUGAACAUCAGUGUGGGUGGGGAGGGAGAGUUCAUUGUCAGGAUGGCCCUCUUCCAAGACCAGAACUACACGUUGCCUUACGAAGGGGAUGUAGUUGUGCUGUCCGUUGAUUCCAUGCUCUAUGUGGGUGCCAUCUUGGAGAGAGGAGACACCUCCCGGUUUAACCUGCUGUUGAGGAACUGCUAUGCCACACCCACCGAAGACAAGACUGACCCUGUGAAAUAUUUCAUCAUCAGAAACAGCUGCCCAAAUCAACAAGAUUCCACUAUCUACGUGGAGGAGAAUGGGGUAUCCUCGGAAAGCCGGUUCUCUGUUCAGAUGUUCAUGUUUGCUGGAAAUUAUGACCUAGUUUACCUGCAUUGUGAGGUUCAUCUCUGUGAUUCCCUUAAUGAACAGUGCAUACCGUCUUGCUCAGGAAAUCGACUCCGCAGUGAAGUAGUUAUCAACCCAGCCCGGGUUCUAGAUUUGGGACCCAUCACUCGGAAAGGUGCCUCGUCUCUGGGUGUCAUGAACGGAGCCCCCAGCACUGCAGGGUUCCUGGUGGCCUGGCCCGUGGUUCUCCUGCCUGUCCUCCUGGCUGGGCUGUUCUGA